CCCAGUCAAGUGGGUCGAAGGAACGAAUCUCGCUCGUGGCUGCAAAUAGGAAAAGUAAUCGCUGGCCCCUCUAAUCACGUUUUUACACUGGUGGGGGCUAGGGAUGGAGGAUUCCAUGGCUUGAAGUGCUGAUUCCCACCUGAAGUGAUCUGACUGUCUUGGUCCAUAGUAGAAUCGAACACCCUUCGUCCAUGAUAGCAGAAGACAUGGCUGACACUGCCCUCGAGAACCCACCGAUUCACUAUCGGUCCAUCCUCCUCUUUAUCGGGUACCUCUCUCUAAUAACUUCCUUGGCUUUACGGUGCUGCCGCACCAUCUAUUCCCGGUAUCAGGCACGGCAGAGGAACAAUGACUGGGCCAAUAGCCAGCGGCGAACGCACCUGUUUCUAUUUCUCUUCCUGGCUGCUAUGAGUCUUGGUACUACAUGGUACUACAUGAUCUCGCUAUUUAUCCGCACGUACGACAAUUGGGCGACCAGCCCGCAGGGAUUUCCGUAUGCAACCGAAGAGACGCCUCUCAUUACCCGCAUGGGCCUCUGGUUGUACAAUACGUACAUCUUCCAAGAGGCCUGGGAAACGGUGUCUGAGACUCCAGCCCGAGUCUGGUGGAGUGGUCAGAUCUUUGGAUGGACGAUUGGCUGGAGUCUUUUCCUGGCUAUCACAGGUCGGAGAUAUCGCAUACCCUAUGUUUGGGUUUUUAUGCUUCUGGCCCAGGCUGUCAGUGUCGCAUUUUCUGCAAAUCUUUUCUUUGCUGCAAUUACUGUAUCUGCACGACCUGACGAGAAGAAUGUUUCCUUUUCAUGGUACCCACCGCUACUCUAUGAAGCCGUCCCGGUUGUGCUCUCGCUUCUCGACACCCUCGCCGUCCCUAUAUAUGCGUACCAGAAAAGUUUUAUGCUGGUCCUACUCGCGCCUCACUUUUUGGUCUUUGUCCCUUGCCUAUUGGGCCCAGGAGGCUCCUCGCCGGUGCCCACUGAAAAGUCGGAGGGACAACGACAACUUGCUACCUGUACCCAACGCUAUGUUGUCUUUAUGAAGUGGGUGGCGGCAGCUUCGAUUCUUUUACAGGCCUACUUGACUUUCCUGGCGUCGGAAGAACUCGGCACGGACCUGUCUUAUGGCGAGUUCGCGAAGAAGUUAUGGGACACUGUAUAUGUUCACCCUGCUUGCAGUAGUGUCAGCUGGGAUGCAAUCAUGUGUGCUGUAAGUGCAUUCUUCUGGGCAUUCGUGCAUGAUUUCAACACGGAUAAGAUGGUUGGUGGACAGUGAUCGAGGUGGGUGGAUGUUGUUAUAUCAUACGUACACAUCAUAUAUAUAGGCAAGCACGUCACGCACGUUUACUGCCAAAAGCCUGUUGGAAACUGAGGGAUGGAGACUCAAAUAAAUAAAAUAUGUAUAUAUUGUCUUGGGUAGUCGAUGUUAUAUAACCUAGCAACCAUAGAUAGAAUCUAAUGAUAUUCUUG